AUGACAAGUACGCACACCUGCAUUCAGGUCCCAGGCUCAGUCUCCGAUCCGUCUGGACAUGUCGCCGCCACACCAACAGGCAACUGGUCAGUCUACAACUUGAGCACCAGCACAGCUCCUCUAUCCACUGCCGGCAAGGCCAGCAAAACUGCAUCGUCUGGUGCAGGUAAGGCUGUUGUCCGUCCUGCUCAUCUGCCCCUAUCAGGUUGGCACACGAUUCUUCCUGCCUCACCGGAACAGGUCGCAUUUGCGGAGGCCCGGCCCUGCAGGACAGCUCUAGUCCUGGCACGAGUCGCCAAGAGCUUGGUUGUAGGCUCACGUCUCGAUCACCGGCCCAGAUCAUAUAUGCCCUUUCGUGAACAUUCAUCACAUUCUGGCCCCUGCUCUCCUGUCGCGGCCUCACCAAACGGAAGACACCCAACACGAGUGGCCAAUUUGGCCGCGAACAUUGGGCCAACCGAAUUGGUCAUUUCUUGCAAUCCCAUCAAGACGGACGACAAGAGUCCAGCUUCAGGAAGACCAGAGACCGAGACACCCGACGACUUAGAGGUAGAGAGUUCAACUGUGCCAGGUUGGCGAGGCCAAGCAGAAGAGGCAUCAUCUGUGAGAAACGGCAGGGAAUACCAAUUCAGACGAAGAAACGUGGCCUCACUGUCAAGUCGUCUCUUAUCACGAAUUGGAAAGGGAUCGAACUUACAUCAAGCGAAGAUGAGCAGGUGGGAAGAUAGAAAAUGUGAUGAAAUGCAAAGAGAGGAGAUGAGAUGA